GGUUUAUGACACUCAGCCUCAAAGUAUGGGGAUCAAAUUCUUGAGCGGAAUUUUUGUGUAUGUACGGACGGAGCUGGGUGUGUGCAGUUGCCUAGUGCCUCCUCAUGCUUCUCCCCGUGAUACUCUCCAAGUCCUCCUCCUCCUCCUCCUUCCUCGCUUUUCUCGUUCUCUAUCUCCCUGUUUCAGUAAGGAUGCGUGUUAUCUCAUAUAUUGAACAGUGGCACGGUGUUCUGCGUGGUCCAGUGUGACGUGGGUGGUUGGAAUAGUGGUGCGGUGGUACAGGUGCAUCGAGGAGAGGCGGAGGUGUAGCUGGAGAAAGGCUGGACGGAUUGUGGAGUGGCGGGGAACAUAGAGCAACAGGGGAACUGGCAGCACCAACAGGAGCAGCGAGGACCUUGUCACACUAAUCUUCUGGAUCAUCUACUUGGAGGGUAUUAGGUGGAGGAGGAGGAGGAGGGUUGUCAACAUGGAGGAGUGAGGUGUAGCCUCUGUGACCCAUACCAUUGCCGCUGUGCCUCCACACCACUUUACAGCGUCAUGGCGGAGCCCCACCAACCACUCUACCCAGACAAGGUGAACAAGGUGACACAGACAGUGUUUGAUGUAGCCCAGCAUCCACAGCAGCAUCCUGGCACCACCUAUGGGACUGUGACACAUUUUGAUGACUCCAGUGCUGCCAAGGAACAGAAUAAACUGCGCUCCCAGAUUGAGAUGUGGCUACAAUCUGGAGAGAAACCGUAUGAAUGUGAAUCUUGCCACAAGCGGUUUGCUCAGAAGAGUCACCUCAACUCACACAUGUUGGUGCACACAGGGGAGAAGAAGUAUGAGUGUGAGCUUUGUGGCAAAAAGUUCACAAUGGAAAGCCACUUGACAGGACACAUGCUUGUUCACAACACUGACAAAAAGUUUGACUGUGAGGUUUGUGGCAAGCAGUUUGUGCAGAAGAGCCACCUCAAUGGACACAUGUUGGUGCACAGUGAGAAGAAGUUUGGCUGUGAGAUCUGUGGUAAGCGCUUCAUUCUGGAGAGUCACUUGAACAGCCACAUGUUGGUUCACAGUGAGAAGAAAUUUGUGUGUGAGAUCUGCAACAAACGUUACUUUCACAAGAGCCACUUGAACAGCCACAUGCUGGUCCACUGCGAGAAGAAGUUUGAAUGUGAGGUGUGUGGCAAGCGGUUCAUCCAGCGCAGCCAUCUCAAUAGCCACAGAUUUGUACACACGGAGGAGAAACGGUUCGAGUGUGACAUAUGCCACAAGCGGUUUGCCCUGGAGAGUCACAUGAAUUGUCACCGUAUAGUGCACACUGAGGAGAAGCGGUUUGAAUGUGAGGUGUGUGGGAAGCGGUUUGCCCAGAAGAGCCACCUGAACAGCCAUCACUUUGUACACAGCGAGGAGAAGCAGUAUGAAUGCAAGGAAUGUGGCAAGAGGUUCACACAGGAGGUUCACCUUAACAGUCAUCGAUUCAUUCAUAGUGACGAGAAAAAGACAGACACACAGGACUGGGGGAGGCGUUUUGCACAGGAGAACCACCUCAAUGGCCACCGGUUCUUCCACAAUGACCUGAAGCGGUAUGAAUGUGAGAAGUGUGGUAAGAGAUUUUCCAUGAAGAGCCAUCUUAACAGCCACAAGUUCAUUCACAACGAGGAAAGAAAGUAUGAGUGCCUAGAGUGUGGCCGCCGGUUCACUCAGAAGAGUCACCUCAACAGCCAUCGGUUUGUGCACAGUGAGGAGAAAAUGUAUGAGUGUGAUGAGUGUGGUAAACGGUUUGCCCAACAGAUUCAUCUGAGCAGUCACCAAUUUGUGCACAGCCUGGGCAAGAAGUUUGAGUGUGAUGAGUGUGGGAAGCGGUUCAGUCUGGAGAGUCACCUCAACAGCCACAGGUUCAUGCACUCUGAGAAGAAAGGCUUUGAUUACCAAGAGUAUGCUAAACUGUUCACUCAGAAGAACCAUGUGAACAGCUUGGUCCUUGUUCCCAAUGUGCCAAAUGUCUCCAAUGUGUCCAACGAGAACAAGGUCACAAACUAUGAGGAGGCCAAUAAGAUCUUCAACCCACAGCCCUACCAGCCUGCCUACCCUUAUGGCCAGCUAACAGGCCAACUCACGGACAAAGUGAGAACUCUUUGGCCACUGUAAUAGGGUCCCUUGUUCCUUCUUUCAGACUUGAAAGAGUGCCACAGACCUGAAACAGAAAGCAGGGGAAAAAAUUAAAGAUAUUCUUAGAAAAAAUUGAAUAUUAACACAUUUAAGUAACUUUUUUCUUUUUUUCACUGACUGUCAUAAUGAUGAAAAGAAGAAAGGAAACCAACUUUAAUCUCUCAAGAUGAAGCUUUGUUGUGUAGUGUGUGUGUAGAAUUGAAAACUACCAAAACUUUGUAGCACUUUUGAAGUCCCAGACACAUGUUUUGAACAUGAAAUCCUGACCUGCAGAGCCAGUGUCAGUGUGUGUAUGUAUACAUGUUCGUAUGAAUGUAUACUGCAGGAUUGACUUUAGAGGUAACUCUAGACAUUACGUUACAGUGUAAAUACUCUCACAAUAUGCUGAUUAUGUAGACUUAGAAAUUAUGGCCUCUGAUGAUCCUAGACUAAGAGAGGGGCUGUGUGUGUGUGUGUGUGUGUGUGUGUGUGUGUGUGUGUGUGUGUGUGUGUGUGUGUGUGUGUGUGUGUGUGUGUGUGUGUGUGUGUGUGUGUGUACAGUACAGAGAAGGUACCCACUACUAAUGCUAUAGUAUGUUCAACCUUUGUGUAUCUAUUACUAUAAAUCCUCUAGCCAGAUGACUAACUGACUGACUUGCUGAUCAACUGACUGAAAUACUGAUGUGCCUGACCAUUUGACUUAGCUAGAGCUAAGUGACUGCUACUUCAAAUCACUCUUCCAGUGAGGUGAUGUAAUUUGAAAGCCUUAAAAAUUAAUGUUUCAAAAUUUGUGAAAGUGACUGCCAACUGAGAAAGUGUUAAGAUGGUAUAGUUGACUUUACAUAAAAGUAGACCAGACUUAUUUACCUUAAGAAGAGAGAUGCAACCUCUGAUAGAAGAUGCAAAAAUCAACUCAGUGUUAAGGUUUCAAAUUAGCAGGAAUCAAGCAAGAAAGUAAGAUUUUACCUUAAUGAGGAAAAGCAAAAGCGGAUGGUGGUAGCAGGACUCCUUAUGUUCUCUCAACUGUAAAUCUAUACUUCCACAGUUACAUAAGAAAAGAUACUAGCAGUAUUUAAGGAUGAGAAACAACAAACAAAUGAUCCUCCUUCAUGUAUGUUCUAUUUAUUUAUUUUUUUUCUAUGGUUUUUGCCAACACAUGCUAACCUCCCAGUGAGAAUGUGUUGAGCUAGUUUGAUGUGACAUGAAGGUCAAGUACUUCUGUUAUUUGGUGGGGGUCAGUACUUGGGAUGUGAUCUCCACAGAGAAGUUCAAACUAUUUUUGCCACUUUGGAGGAUGCUAAAUUGGGUAAGGUCAGUGUUCUGAUAAAGAUGAAAAUAUGACAUUAACAUUCAAUCCAAUAGGAGAGAAGAAAUGCAGCUAUGACCAGACUUUUUUUCUUCUUUUUUUAAGUAAUGCAGUUGUAUACCACUGCAUGCACAUUCUUGAAAACUUUUGCAUUCAGCUACAACAACAGUCUUCAGAUUGACUUUAGACAGUUUCUCUCACUCUGCUGGGAUGCAUAUGAUUGGCUGGUGACAGAUAAGCUACCCAUUGCCUCAUCUGAACAUAUGUGAAUGAUGGAUGGCAAUGGGAUCAUGGCUAGUUGGGAUGAGAUUGCAUUUCAUUCCAUUGAUUCAAAUGAGCCUUGAUAAAAUUAAGUUUGUCCUUUUGCAAAAUAUUAUCCUCAGCAGUCAUGUAGUUCUUUCUUUACUGCUGCACAACUUUUAAAAUCAUAUAUUAUGUCUUUAUUGUCCAAGCUUCAAAUGACAUAUUAAUUUAGAUAUAAUUUCAACACCCUCAGUACUACUUGUUCGCUUGAACAAUUGACAUGUGAUUCAAUUAAUUUCCUAGAUAUAUCUUGUUUCCUUCCAAGUCUUUACUGGUGGCUCAGCAGCACAACCUGACAAGUCUGUUCCAAGCUUCUGCUGGUGUGCUUUGUGGAUGUAGUAACAUCUUUCCUAUAGCAUUACAGGACUGUAUGACCUUCACUACUAAUCUAAUGUGGGAAGUGAUUUUGCUGCUUUUAGUUACAUAUAAUUUUUCCUUCUUUGGACUUACCUCCAGCUUGCUCCUUUCCUGUACUUUUUGUUCCUACAAGUGUACCAGAACUGCCAUGUAGGACAUUAGGCACUGCUGAGGAACAUGUUGGAGUUUAUUGAUGUAGGCCACAGUGCCACACAUUUUAUAUGUACUUGAAUGGAUGCUGCUGUGUAACAGGAAAAAGAGAGAGUGAGGGAAGCAGCCCUUAAUACAUUACUUAAUAUUAGCCUGUACUCAUGCUUCUCUCAAAGGUAUAUAUUGUAUAAAAAUGCAAGCAGUUGGCUGUAUAUUUAAUAAAGCACAAGAAAAA